AUGUCCGAAAAUAAGCGACCGCGCCUUGAUUACCCUACCAUCGCUCCCAGCAUCAACGACCAGCCUGUGACCGAUGCCCCUGCCUCGUCUGAUCAUAGACGGCGCUCGAGCUCAAGCAAGACCGAGGGUAAACGCCGGUUCGCGUGUACAUACGCUGGCUGUGAUCGAGAUUAUUCACGGGCAGAGCACCUUUAUCGCCAUCAACUCAACCAUAACCCGAAAGAGAUCUACAAAUGCGACUAUCCCGGAUGUCAUCGGACUUUUGUACGCCAGGACCUCUGCAUUCGCCACCGCGAAAGGCACGAGGUGAGGGGGCCGAUGCCAAAAGCUCAUGACCCUCACCGAGAGCCUCUGUCUCCGCGCUCCUCGUUCAGUGAAGAGCCAGCGAUGAGCCCGACUUCUCCUCCUUUGAAUAUCUUUGCGACCCCGAAGCCGGGCCCAGAGAACCUCCAAUCGCCGCCCCAGAAGCCGUCAUCCUUCUCUGGCGAGCCAGCACUGAAGCCGACGGAUCUGCAAGCCAUCAUUCAACAGAACGCUCCCGAAACCAACGGGACGAGCGACCAGGCGACCUCACAAGCCUUCCACUCGGCCGCGCCGCUGCGGCAUGAUCUCAACGCUAUCCUUCAUCAUCCCGUACAGUCCAGGACCUUUUCUCAAACGGAUCUGUCCUCGGAUUCGUCCCUGACUGCCCGCGGACCGCAGGGUAUGCCUGACAACGUGUUCGAUAACCUCGAUCCCUCUAUCUUGAGCAAGACGCGGACACAUUCAAGCAGCUCUAGAAUUCCCACCACAACUGAUCCACAGAUGUCGGACCGGUCUUCGGCCACAUAUAACAUGCCUACUUUAGGGGAUCAGACGUUUAAUGACUCACCCGUUUCCGUCCGAGAUGAGUUUGCCGCUUGGCUCUUUGAAGAUGCGGGCGGCUUCCAUACUGCUCCGUUCUCAAUGGGUGCGCAAGGGGGCAUUGGGUUCGCCAACGGUGCCGAGAUAUUUGGCAGUGCGAUGUAUUCCAACUACUUUGCCGACCCUGCCCUGGACAAUUCCUACCCUGGUCUCAGUCAACAGCGGCCAGUGGAAGCAACGAGCAAGGUACCCGAGUCCUCGGUUGAUAGCAAUAUUCUUUCACAUGCGAAGCGCGCGUCCUUGAUCAGCUUGAUGGAGCGCUUCCAUGAAGGUGACAAUCCGUUGGUCCGACAGCUCAGGGAAGAGAUCUUCCAAGGCAACCCGGACGCGGAAGAGCAUGUUCUCAGCAUCCGAUCUAUGCAACACUACAUCGGCUCUUACUGGUAUCAUUUCCACGCCCAAAUGCCCAUCCUACAUCAGCCCACGUUUUCCGCCGACGACACCCACGAAUAUCUCCUCCUCGCGGUAAUGGCUAUCGGAGCCGCGUUUCUCAACAAAGCCCAUGGACGAGCAGUGACGGACGCUGCCGCUCGGUUCGCCACCUUUAUCGCUUGGCAUUUGCGCUGGCAAGUUUUUAUGCAUAGUGAUUUCCAUCCUCCGGCAAAGUUGUGGAUUUUUCAAACGCUCUUGUUGCUGGAGGUGUACGAGAAAAUGAACGCGACGAGAAUGCUGCAUGAGCGAGCCCACAUUCAUUAUGCCACCACCAUAAACCUAAUGCGACGAGGAACGGCUCUGAUCGAGACGGCGAACCAGGAUUCCUCUCGGGUGCCUUCUUCCCCAGAAGAAUGGUGGGGUCGCUGGAUCACAGCAGAAGCCACUCGUCGUGCAGCGUACGCCGCCUUUUACCUGGACGCACUUCACGCGGCCAUGUUCGGUCACGCAGCGAUGAUGGUGGUCCAUGAAAUACGACUCCCUCUCCCGUGCGAUGAUGCCCUGUGGUCGGCCACUUCCGCCGCCGAAGUUGGACGAGUUGAAGCCAGUCUGCACGCCAACGGGAUCAAACCUACCACGUUUUUGGACGGGUUGAAAAAGACUCUGACGGGCCGGAAAGUUCGGACGAACAACUUUGGCAGGAUGAUCCUUAUGGCGGGUCUCCUGUCUGUUUCGUGGCACAUGAACCAACGCGAUCUCCAGGUGUCCAGCCUCGGGGUAUCUCAGACCAUGGGCGUGCCAGACGGCUGGAGGACGCCGCUGACGAAGGCUUUUGACUUCUGGAAGAAAGACUUCGAUGAGAGCCUGGAACACAUGCGGAGGGCCACACUCCCUUGGCAAAAGAAUGACAGUGUGUCGGGUCAAGAUGACAUGGCACAGACGGCGGAGAUACUCCACCACCUGAGUCAUAUGGCCAUGCACACGGACGUCAUGGACUGCCAGAUAUUUGCGGGCAUCAAGCGACUCUUCGGCAGGGUGGUGACCAAUGCUGAUUACGAGAGGGUCAAAUGCAAGCUCUUCGACUGGGCGAAGGGCCCGAGUGCAAGGGUUGCCGUCUACCAUGCUUUGCAGCUGCUCAGGUCGGUGAUUCUGCCGGGCAAAGGGGGUUCGAGAAAGCUGUACAACGCCCGCGACGACUAUCUGAUGAUGAGACCGUGGAUCCUGUACUUUGCCGCCCUCGUGGUCUGGUCAUACGGGUUUGCUCUCGAUGGAGUGCUGCGGCCCUUUCCCAGUCUUUUGCAACCCGACUCCUCGCCGGGCGCUGCUUCGGCCCGGUCCCACGGUUCCAACCAGUCCACGUUGCUGAAUAUGGCGCAUGAUGGCAGCGAGUUCCAGGUGGAAGCUGUGGUCAAGGACGCGCACGCUUUCCUGCAGACGGUCGGAGCGGUAAGAUCACCGCAACAGCUCGAGUCGAUCAAGGAUGGUCGGAACAAUGUCGUGGGUGUGUUGGCGAUCUUGGAGACGGCCUUUCGCGAUUCGAGAUGGGAAUUGUUGCACGAGGCGGCCGAUCUUCUUCGCAACGCUAUUGUCCUGCUUCGUGGUGCGAGUCGUCCAUGA